AUGCUCCACUCACUUGGUGCAGACUGGAAACUAAAGUCUAAAGAUGGUGCUUCAGAAUUGGCCGAAGCAGAGAAUAAGCUAGAAGCUGCUCAAAUCAUCAGAGAACAUGCUGAAAAUUCUCAGUCUGAUUCUCAGCAAGCACAACAGUUACUUGAUAAGUACAUGGCAACAAUCAAUCCUGAGCAGGUCGAUGUGAGUCUUGUCCUCCAGCUAAUAAGGAAAAUCUGUGGUGAUUCAGAAGAUGGUGGUGGUGCCAUUCUUCUGUUCCUACCUGGUUGGGAUGAUAUAAACAAAACAAGACAGAGAUUACUUGACAGCCCUUUCUUCAAAGACACUAGUAAAUUUGACAUCAUAUGUCUUCACUCAAUGGUUCCAGCAGGGGACAGAAGAAAGUGUAUAAACUAA